AUGCUGCUGCUUCCGGGGCUGAUGGCACUCGGGUCUCCGGCUGCGCACGGUGCCAGGUCAGCUGCUGGACUGGACAGCUCAGCUGCAGGGCGGUGGCCGCGGUCUCGGCCGGAGCCGCGGCCCUCAGGGCCUCAGUGCCCCUCUGCCACCUGGUCCCUCCAGCUGGCCUCGGCUAAGACAUUGGGGUUGAAAUCCUGGGAGGUGGCAGCAGAGACCGAGGUGCCCACAGCUCCCGCCCACGGGGCCCCACUGUCCCCCCUGGACAGCUCGGGCACUCCACACAGCCUCUCCUUGUCACUGGGAGCCAAGCAAGGACUCGGGAUGGAAGACACUGGCCGGGCCGCCGCAGGAGACAGGGCCAGCGGCUCUGGGGACAGCGGGAGGCAGCCGCGGACAAAUGCCCUGGAGACGGGCGGGCGACAGGGGAGCCCCCCGGCCACGGCCCUACAGGACAACCCUGCUCCCCCCGGGGCCAGCCCGGCUCCCCUGGACUCAGGGCACCGCUUCUCCUCCACCUCUCCCUCCACUUCCUCCUCCUCCUCCUCAACGGCAGACGCAGCAGAAGAUCACGGCCUUCCCGGGGCUCGAGGCUCCCCAGCCUCGCCGGGAGUCCCGGCCACCUCCUCCUCGUCCCUCGGCUUUGAGAGUGACCGCGAGGCGGCCGGGGGAGGGGCGCGGGGGCGCGCGGGGGGGCCGGGCGGCGGGGGCGCGCGGGGCCCCCCCGGGGACGAGGACGCGCACUACAUCACCACUCGCGGGAUCCAGCCGAGCGAGGUGGAGCAGGACGCAGAUUUCGACGUGGGGCUGGCCGCCCGCUGGGACUUCGAGGACAACAACGUGAUCUACUCCUUCGUGGACUACGCCUCCUUCGGUGGCAGUGACGAGACCCCAGGGGAGGUCACCACGGCCACCGAGGAGGACGAGGACAACAGCUGCUACCUCAGCACCCCGCCCAGCCCCGCUGUCCCGCGCUCGCCCAGCCCGGCCAGCAGCGACCCCGGGCGCGCGCGGGCUAUAAAGGAGCAAGUCCAGGGGCGCGCCCAGCAGAGCCCCGCGCGCGCCGCCGGGCGUGCGGGCGCCAUGAGCCUCCGCGUCCCAGCGGCCGCCGCCCGCUUGCAGCCCCGCGCCGGGGCCUUGCGCUCCCGGGAACCUGCCGACCGCUCCAGCGGGGCCUCGAGCGCCGUGAGCGAGCUGGACGAUGCGGACCAGGAGGUGCGUAGCCUCACAGCGCGCGCCUUCCGCAGCCUCGCCUACCCCUGCUUCGAGGCGCUGCGCAUCAGCUCGCGCGAGUCCUCAGCUGCGCUCUCCGAGGCCGGCUUCGGGCGCUGGUCCACUUUCUUGGACCUGAAAUGCGGCGGUGUCGGUGCGCGCGUGGAGCAGAGCCUGCUCCGGGGCAGUGCGGCGGGCGCGGCCGCGAGGCUGAGGCAGGAUGGCGCCGAGCGGCCGCGGGCACAGGCCCGGAGGUCGCAGAGCAAGGCGCUGGAGUUCGUGGUCAGCAAGGUGGAGGGCGAGAUCAAGCACGUGGAGACGCCGCUAUGUUUCCAGGGCGGGCCACGCGUGGUUACCGUGCUGGAGCCUCUGGGCUUAUGCAGUGAGAGCAAGACCACAGCCACCACCGGGGCCAGGGGCACCGCCACCCGGAACACCGCAGCGCCCCGCGCCGACGGCACGCACUCCAAGUCCACGUUCGCGUCCAGCCUGCUCAAGAAUGUCAUCUCCAAGAAGAUGAGGCGCGAGCACGAGUUUCGCAUGGAGCGCGGCGAGGUCGGUGACACGUCCUCGGAGCCCGAGGCCGGGCCGGGGCCCGAUCGCCCGCGCGGCCUGCAGCGGCAGAGCUCACGCGUGUCCGAGGCGGGCUCCGAGGUCUCGGGCAGCGGGACGCGCUCCCCGGUGUUCCAGGCCCGCACUCCCCGAGAGGCCGGGAGGGUGCCGUCAGACAGCGGCUCCCAGGGUGCUCUUUUGCGCAGCCGGAACAGCGCGUUCCGCUCCUGGGGGGACCAGGACCCUGCCGCGCCGGAGGAGGAUGUGAACGCUGGCGGGAGGCCCGGGCCACGCGCGGCAGGGGACUGGAGGGCGGACCUCGGGGAGAUCUCUGCCGGCAAGGCCACCCUCAUGUCUCGCCUCUUCGUGCCCGGCAUCCAGCAGGCUCCCAGGGACAGGCCGCCGGGGAAGCAGGCUACCAAGCACGCAGCCGCCCAGGCGCCUCCCGCCGCGGCCCGGGCUCGGGCGCCGGAGAUCAAGAUCCGGCUGGGCAGUGUGCGGCAGCCCGGCGCCGACUUCAGCAUCGCGCAGCUGCUCACACCGCGGCUGUCGGGCGGCGCCCCCAACCACUCCAGGGCAGGCGACGAUGGAGGGAGAGCGCCGCCCAGGUCGUUCCGUGGGGACGGUCUGGACAAGGUGCCGCAGUUUCAGGUGCGUGACGUCAGGGACAAGUCCAAGGCGCAGGGCCCGCUCCAUCAGGUGAGAGACGUGAGGAAGCUCAUCAAAGGUUCUGGCGACAGCAGCGACAAAGGCAGCGUCACUCCAGAGCAGGGGCUGGCAGGGUCCCGGCCGCAUAGGUCGCUGUCGCCCGUGGUUAUCACAUGCCAGGCCGUGGCCAACCUCAAGGACGAUAGCACGGGCCGAGCGCCAGGGCAGGGUGCGGCGUGCGUCAGUGCGGCGGGAGCGACCUCCCCGGAAGGCACAGUCCUGGUGCACCGCGCGUCCGGCAGGCUGCCUGUGGCCACCAUCGCGCCCAACAAGCCCGAGCAGGGUUCCUACCUGCCCGUGCUGAAGAUCGUCACCAAGGCCUCAGCCCGGAGGACCCCCGAGCGGCUCCGCGACGAGGACGCGCGGGAGGAGCGCAGGGGCGCGGCUCCGGCGCGCGGUGCCUUGGAAAAGCUGACGGCCGCCGUGAGGUCUAUGGAGGAACGCUACAGUCUUGGCGCGAGUACGUGGAAGCGCAGGAGUGACCCCUUGCCCGGGAUGGCUGACAGCCAUGUGCUACCUCUCGUCGCCAGUGAGGAGAGGGACGCGGCAGCGGCGCGGCGCGAAGGAGACUCUGGGAGACCAACGAGGCCCGGGGGAGAAGCGGAGGCUCGCGGCUCAGUAAAUCGGACCCUGCGGCGCAGGAACUCCAAUCCCGGCGCCGACAGCGUGUCCGCGCGCGCUGCCGCCUUCGAGAGCCUGGCGCGAGAGCGGCCGCGGUCCCUGUACGUCCCCGCGAUAGGGGAGCGCGCGCAGCCUCUCGCGCCGCUGCCUAGCGGCCGACAGGUAUCCACCGUGAGCGCCACUGGGGGCGUCGCUGGCAAGUUCCCGCAGGGGCCCUCCUCGGACAACAUCAAGCCGCAGGGCACCCGGUCCCCCAAACCCUCUCCCGCCACCCAGGCGCCCCCCGACGAGGUGGCCACUCGGAAGGGCGGCCCCGGGCCUGAGAAGGGUACUGGAGACGGUGAUAACUACCUGGCUGUGCCCCUGCGAACCGAGCCCCCCGGCUCCUCCGCGCCCUCUCUCUGCAGCCUGCCCCCGCUGAGCGCCCGCAGCCAGGCCCCCGGGAGCCCCAAGGGUGCCCUGGUCAGUGGGACCGGCCGCCCUGCCUGGCGCACCAAGCAGGAGCGCCCCCGGGAGGCCGCGGCAGCCCCCGCGGACCCGCGCAACCCCGAGCGCGCGCCGACGGCCGUGUAUCCGCAGCCACCGCCCUUCCCACUGGGCGCGCAGCCGCAGGUGCUCUGCUUUUCCCCGCCCGGCCUGCCUGGCCCCGCAGGCCCUGCCAGUGUUCCCGCUGGGGUCCCUGCCGACCCUUUCCCGCAGCCGGCGGCCCCGCAGACACAGCGCAAGAUGCUGUUGGACGUAAGCACUGGCCAAUACUACCUGGUGGACACGCCGCUGCAGCCCGCCACGCGCCGGCUCUUCGACCCCGAGACCGGGCAGUAUGUGGAUGUGCCUAUGACCUCACAGCACCAGGCCAUGGCGCCCAUGUCGCUGCCUGUGCCACCCCUGGCAUUGAGUCCCGGGGCCUAUGGGCCCACCUAUAUGAUCUACCCCAGCUUCCUUCCCACUAUGCUGCCCACGGGCGCUCUGCACCCCACCCCCAUCGCGCACACGCCAGGGAGCAGCGAGCUCGCCGUAGCUGCUGAGCCCCCCAGCAAAGAGGCAGCAGCCGCGGUGGCCUUCUCUGAAGCCCCCUACUUCGUGGCCGCUGGCCAGUCCCCGGCUUCUCCAUCCUCCUCGGCCCCUUCGGCCGCAGCGCAGCUCGUGGGGGCCAAGGGCUUCACCCAGCUGCACCCCAAGCCGGUCAUUAGCAUCACCUCGCAGCCCGUGGGGCCGCGGCUCGUCGCCCCACCCUCCUUUGACGGCACUACCAUGAGCUUUGUGGUGGAGCACAGAUGACCUGAGCACCGGAGCGGAUGGGCAGCUGCUGGAGCAAGACAGAAAUAUGGACUAUCCUCCUUUGAUCUGAAAGUUGUGUCGUAAUAAGAAUUCAUCUGAAAAAGUUCUUUCAUGUGUAUAAUUCUUAAUUUUUGCUUCUUAUAAGCUGUGUGUAAGUUUAUACAUUUUCCUGAAGAAGUCUCCUAAGCCAGUUUUUGUUAUUUCAGUUUUAGGAAGGUGAUUGACUGUAUCUUCCCUGUACAACCAUUUCUUUUUAUUCUUUAAUGCAGGAUCUAGCUUUCUGCUCCCUACCCUGUUCCUGCACUAUUAGGCAGAGACUCCUUGAAGGUCUGCAUGGUUCAGCCAUGCAACCAUACAACAGAAUGAGAUGAGUUCUGUUCAGACCAAGACAGCAAGUCGGGCAUUUGGGUAACAAGUUGCCUUAUAGGUUCUGGGACUUAGCCAAGCCUGGCUGGCAGAGUUGUCACAGACAGUAGGCUUUAAAGAUGAUAAGUCUGUACUUUGAGUCAUGUACCAGCCAAAUCUCCUUAUUUUCUUGCUUGUGCUCUAUCUGUCCUUUUCUCGGGUUUAGCAUGAUUUCAGGUGUAAUUGUAAAAAUUGAUGGUUUUAACCUUUGUGCUCUGUUUCAAUUUUUCCUAUUUGUACAAUGCCAGGACACUGUUUGUUACCCUGAAAUAAGAGGACUUGAGAUAUUGGAGCAAUAGUGGUUGCACUAAAAAUUGCACUGUUAGUCUGAAACAGUUACAAGUAUGUUUUUCUCUUCAGAAUCCGGCCUUUGUUGUGAGUGUGUAGAGUUUUAUCUUCUUCAGUGAUUCCCUUUGAUUGUGUGUUCCAUCUCUCAGGUUCUCUGGGGUGCAAAGUGCGCCCCAUCAGGACAGUAGCAUGUGGGCUGAUUCAGGGGCGGCCACCCUGGCCCACACCAUCGCAGCAGCGACCUAGAGUGGCUCCCUGUGAGGCAGGCCUGCAAGAUGUGAGGAGUCAGACCCUGAGUCUUUGUUGACACUGGGUAGUCCCUCAGUUGUAACCCUUCUGAGGGAUGUCAGAGAGAGUGCUCCACACGCAACCUGGAGAAUUGGUUGAACAAACACCUGUUAAGCGUGUCCUGAUUAAUAAUUUUGUCACUACAUACUCAGCCAACAUUAUCCAAAUAUUCUUCAUUACUUUUUAAAGGAGUAGACCUUUAAAACUUAAACAUUUUCCGAAGAUUUGUUUGUGAAAUCUCUUUCUUAUUUGUUUAAGGCAUCCAAAUAAUUUUUGAAAAGCAUUGUUUUGAUUUUAGUGAUCAUCCACACUUAGUUUCUAUUUAAAAUUUCUCCUUGAAACCACAGGAUUUUAUGUUACUCAUACGACUGAAUUUGGUAUGGUUUAUAUACUUUUAUUACUUUGAGGUGAUGCUUUCCAUCUAGGCUCUUUUAAAAAAUGCUCAAUUUCACUCUCAGGGCCUUCUCCACAGGGAUUUCACUCUGUAAAACAAAGCAAGUCCUCCUGGGUAAAGAGAAAGAUCUGAGUAGGAACAGUCAGCUCUGGCCAUAGUCGCUCACUCACUGGGCUGUGACAGGAGUGAAGCUUUAUCCUCUGUAAGAUGUGAAACACAAUGCUUUGUCUCUGUGGAUGGAAAAGAUGGCCUGGUGGUCGUGUUCAGAAAUAUGCUUUCCUUACCUAGAAGUCUUAGCUGGGCACAUGGACUCCAGAAUGUCCUUGAUUUUUCACCACUAGUGAACAGAUCUUCCAGCAUUGGCCCAUCCUCAUUUCUGGGAGAGACUGGCUGGAUAUGAGGUUACUUCAUAUUGAAAUAGGAAAGUAGAACUCAUUUCAGAGAUCCUAAGUCUAUACCACUCAAACAGCACCAUGAAAUCUCAGGUAUCUGAACAUGACUCUUGAAACUUAUUGGAUGGGCAGCACUCAACUAGUACGCCUGAUUUAAAACCCAGAUCACUUUGGGAAACCCCAGUGGCGUUGCUGAGCCCCCUCCUUUCUUAGAUAAAUGUGGCUGAGGGUUUAGGGGCCCAGGAGCUGUUUAUCAAUAUCUAUCACCAGCAGAUCCAAGCCUUAAACUCACACACUGAGAAAAACUGGGAUAGAAACUGGGAAAGAAGGAACUUUUCAUUUCUUGGUUUUAUGUAAGAGGCUGAGCUAUCUGGAAAGUUACCAAGUAUAUAGAAAUUGUUCAAGUGGUACUUUAGAAUAGUGUUCUAUGUUCCGCGUCAGCUACUGAUAUUUUAGGGUUCUCUGUGCCAUCACACCAUGCAGAGCUGCUAGGCCCCUUACUACCUCAGUCCGCAGGAAAGAACACAUUCAUGGCCAUGAGGUAAGUCUCAGUCUCACUUAUCACCUCAUUUCCUGAGGUUGCAUGGAGAUAACAAAGUAGUUAUACAAAGUAAGCAUAACAAAGUAGUUACACCCUUCCUUUUUCAGCCAGAGCAGAAUCAAACAAGUUGAUGAAACCCUCUGACACAAAACGAUUACCUCAACAACAUCCCUUUGACUACUGAACUACACUUUUAUGAUUUAUGUACAUAAAAGUCCUAAAGAAGCGUGUCCUCAGUGAGCCUGAGCUUGAAUCUGAUCAGAUAGCAGAGUUUUUGUGAUUUCCUCUCAGGGAUACCCAGGCAGCUGAGUCUGCCUAAGAACCACAGGACACACUGUAGAAAUCUUGACCUGUUUUCUCUUUUUCCCUAGUGGUAAAAGGUUUAUGUUUAAAUAGGCCCCUGUUGAAUUUUUCUGGAAAACUGAACAUAUAUGUAACCAGGGUGAGCAUUAAAUUCACUGGAAUGUAUUUUCUCAAAGACACUGAAAUCGCCCUCAGGAUUUAAUGAAGCCCAGAUAUGCAGAUAGUGACUGAGCAUAUAGGCUCUUUACAUAUUUGUCACUGAGUACAUGAGCUGAUGUAGAUUACACUUGGACAACUUUAUGAUAAAUCUCAAAUACUAAACCUGCAUUUCAAAUCCAUCAUUAUUUCAUUAGGACAUAGCUAGUGAUACAGAUUUCUUUUUCUUAAUUUCAGAUCUGACUUUGUCAUACUUGCCUCUUAAAAAGGCCUACAGCAUUUUUAUUGUCUUCAUCUAUCACAGCAAUGGAUGUGUGUGUUUGCUCUAAGUAGAAUGCUCAUGCUACCUGAAAUAAUACUUUGGACUGCAGGACAGUACUGAUGCCUAAGUAGGCUGACUACAUUAAUCUCAUGAUAAGUAUGUAUAUGUGCAUGGGGAAACACAUUCAAUAAUAGUCUGUAUUUAAAAGUACCAUAGCAUACAUUUUCCUAUGUGGUGCUUGAAGAGUUUCAUUCUACAGUUUACAAGGUGUAGAUUUGCACCCCAAAUUCUCAGGGUAUGUUAUUUUACCCAAAUACUUGAAAGAAAGAAAAAGGUGCCCUAUAUUUUAUCAGUACUGUUGAGGGGAAACAUUAUGUGUAAGUUUGUUUGACAAAACUAGUUACAAAAAUCAAAGCCAUAAGCUAUUAGGCUUUUACAUAAUUUCUGAAAAGAUACAUACAUAGAGAAAAUAUAUUUUCAAGAGAGUGCUCUUAUUCUUUAACUUCUGGGUCCUAAGUAGACCUCACAGGUGCAUAAACUCAUUAAUAAAGCAUGUAGCAUUUGCUAAAUGGUGCCUUGAGCUUGAAUCUAAUCAGGACUGCAGACUCUGGUCCCUUAGAGAGAAACCAUGUCUGUCUGUGACAUGUGUGAUGAUGGGGUCCAGAGGAGGGUUCUGAAAAUUGCUCUCCUUUGCAUGUCCCAUGUCUCAGAAGAGAACCAAAUAUUCACAGGCUCAUUUGUAAGCUGUUGACAUUCAGUGUUUCAUGUCGUGACAAGAGUACAUUAUUAGACUUAUUCCUGUUCAAUUCAUAAUGGUGCAAAAUAAACACACACACACACACACACACACACACACACACACACACACACACCUGGUUUGAUUUUUUCUAAGUUUCUGAAUUGUUUUUUUACAAGCUAGGGUUAAUUGCAGAAAGCCCUCCUCAGGGCUCCUUGAUAUCCCUACUCUACCCAUUUUCUAGGAAGUGGUCCUUUCUUUUUCUCAUCCCUUUGGACAUGUGGGUCCUUUCUUUCUCUCCUCCUUUUAAAGAUUAUAUUAUUGUAUGGCAGAGUGGUGGCUGAGAAGAAUGUGAAGACAGUGGAAGUUAUGUAUGAGUAGAAGAGAGUGUAUUGUAUGACAAAUGAGGAAGGACAAUGGAUAAUGUUGAAUUCUAUCUCUAUGAACAAGGCUGGUGGAGUAUGGAAAGAAUGUGAAAUUUUCAAUAGCAAUCAACAUAAAACUUAGUGGAAAAGUCUUUACCUGGGUUUGACAUGGUUCAGUGAUAAACUGCAGUGAGCUUGACUAAGGGGACUUUGGAUUCAGCUCACCAACUCUGGAAUUGUGUUUUCAGGGUGUUGCAUAUGGAGAAACUACUUAGAAAAGGAUUCUGUGAGACUAGCCUACUGAACUUUAAUUGCCAACAUUUGUAAAUUGAUUGUGCAAUCUUGUGUACUGGUUUUUUAUUUUGAUUGUUUUGAAUAAAAGUUUUGUUUUUUCCAAUAAAAGUAACUGCAAAGAAAAUAUGCAGUUUGUGUUUAUUUUAACUC